AUGGUCUCGGACUCAGGGCCGGACCUGGGCCUGGACUCAGACCAUGGGGACCAUCCACUGAGAGAAACCCGAGGGAGGGGGGAGAGGGGGGGGGGGGGGGGGGGGGGGGGGGGGGGGGGGGGGGGGGGGGGGGGGGGGGGGGGGGGGGGGGUGGGGGGGGGGGGGGGGGGGGGGGGGGCGGGGGGGGGGGGGGGGGGGGGGGGGGGGGGGGGGGGGGGGGGGGGGGGGGGGGGGGGGGGGGGGGGGGGGGGGGAGGCUGGUGCAUGA